AAGUCAAUUAACUCAAUUGAACCCUAGUUCCUUCUUCUCCACCGAUCAUCCACUGGACUCACUAUUCUGGAUUAAAUGUGAAGUCAUAUCAAGCUAAUGGCUGCCUCUCGCGUCUUGAAAGCAGCCUUAAACUACUCGUCUCCCGUCAUCUCCUGGAAAUCUACCGGUUUGCUUCAGCAAACCAUAUCAACUUGUAUUGAACGAACCGGACUGGGGCUCCACUCCGGCAAGGAAUCAAGGGUGAGAAUAUGCCCGGAGCUGGCAGGUGAAGGUAGGUACUUUGCGAUUGGGUCUAAUCGUAUCGAUGCAUCUAUUAAUUUUUCAAAGGAGUCGCCCCUGUGUACUACACUGUGUAAAGAUGGGUACAGCGUGAGAACAAUUGAGCACCUGCUUUCUGCUCUAGAGGCAUGUGGAGUAGACAAUUGUCGAAUCGAAGUGGAGAACUCAGCCUCUAAUGAUCGAUCUGUUGAGGCAGGUUCCUAUAUUUGAUGGGUCUGCAAGGGAAUGGGUAAAAGCUAUAGAAGAAGUUGGUUUGGAGGUAGCUUCUUAUGGCGGGGGCCAAACGUGUGAAAAGUUGGCACCAUAUGUUAAUGAACCUGUUCAUGUAUGGAAAAAUGAUGCGUUUAUUGCUGCGUUCCCUUGCUCAAACAUCAGGAUAAGCUAUGGAAUUAACUUUCCACAGGCACCUGCAAUUGGCUGCCAGUGGUUUUCUUGUUCAUUUUCUUCAGAUAAUUUUGUCUAUGCGGAGCAAAUAGCUUCUUCAAGAACAUUUUGCAUUUAUGAGCAGGUAGAACAAAUGUUGCAAUCAGGACUUAUCCAGGGUGGCUCUCUAGAAAGUGCCAUUGUUUGUAGUGAGAGUAAAGGCUGGUUGAAUCCACCCCUCCAUUAUCCCGAUGAGCCAUGCAGGCACAAGGUUUUGGAUCUUAUUGGGGAUCUUUCCCUUUUUGCUAGAGCUGGCAGUCAGGGGUUUCCAGUAGCUCACAUAGUUGCCUACAAGGGAGGACAUGCACUCCAUACUGAUUUCGUUCGCUACUUAUCCAGAAUGGACUGAAGAACAACGGAAAGCUUCAAGCAUCAGGGUCAUAGAGCCUUCACAUGGAGCAGAUCAUAUGAAUGACGAGGCUCUCUAGUACCCUGUGUCUGUGUUAAUGGAUAGGUGUAAGUGCAAAAUAGAUCACAUCUGGAUGUUUGAUUGUUUCUACUUUCUACUACAUAUUAUUUUCAGAAGAUACAACCCAAAAGCUUUUAUCAGCUCAGAAGUAAAUAGUUUUGGGUAUGAGGAAUAAUAUUUCGGACUGCGAGUUUUGGAAUCCAUUUUACUUGAUGGGGAAACACCUUGUUUACUUCUAGGUUUCAGCUCGUCUCAAUUCUGAACCAUAUAACUGAUAUCAGGCAAUACAAUAAUUUUAUAAUUUU